GCUGUUUCUUCUGGCAGUGCACUCUUGCUCUACUAUCAUUAUUUGCAAUCGUGUUCCGUUCGAUAAAUCCCUUUAACAGCCUAUAUCCUUCGUUUACUCACUGAAAUAUGUCCUGGCAAGCUUAUGUUGACAACAACCUGAUUGGAAGUGGUAAAGUCUCCAAAGCUGCUAUCCUGGGUCUUGCAGGAGGUGUAUGGGCAUCUUCUUCCGGAUAUACGAUCGCUCCCGCUGAGCAGAAAGCCAUAGUAGAGUCGUUCAAGAAUCCUGUUGCAGCACAAGCAAGUGGCGUCCGUAUCAUAGGACAGAAAUUCUUUACGCUGCAAGCCAAUGAUCGGAGUAUUUAUGGCAAAAAACAGGCCGAUGGGUGUGUAUUGGUGAAAACCAAGCAAGCAGUUUUAGUAACGGAGUACAUCACACCAAUUCAAGCUGGAGAAUGCACAACGGUUGUAGAGGGUCUUGCGGACUAUCUCAUCUCCGUUGGAUAUUAAGUUAACUGUAUGUGCUGUAGUAAGCUGUACGUUUAGCAGGAUGUAUAGAUGAGUAGUUUUGCCCUGUUGUGUAUUUCAUUUAUGUGUCUGUAUCGAUGCAUUCUGCUGUGAAAGUAUAUUCAACAAUUGUUUGCUAUCAUUUCAGCUAUGAUAAGUCGCUGUGCUAGAUUGCUGUACUUUACUAGAUUUCAGUUUA